AUGAGAGCGCAGGUGGCGUUUGCGCCUCUGACCCUGCGAAAGGAUAUCAAAGAAAUCUACGGCGGGUGCGACGAGUGUCAGUUGGCUUCAAUGUUAUUGGGCGCUGGCGCGGUAUCGCUACGCUGCCGCGUGUGUUCGCAUAUGAUGUUGCGCGCUAGUACUUACCGUACAGUAGUAAAGCUAGUGCGCGCUUGCAGGUGCAUGCUGGCGCACCGCGCGCGUGCACACCCGGGUGCGGGCGCGGUGGCGCUGCGCUGCCGCGUGUGCGCGCGCGCCUUCGCGCACACCAACUCGCUGCGCCGCCACCUUCGCUCGCACACGGGCGAGCGCAACUUCCUUUGCAGCGUGUGCGGCAAGGCGCUCUCGUCCGCCGAGCACCUCAAGUUCCACAUGCGCAUCCACACCGGACACAAGCCCAACGUCUGCAAAACUUGCGGUAAGGGGUUUGUGAAGAAAUGCAAUUUGACUUUGCAUGAGCGCGUUCACUCGGGUGAGAAGCCGCACGUGUGCUCGCACUGCGGCAAGGCCUUUAGUCAGCGAUCCACGCUCAUCAUACACGAGAGGUACGUGGAUAAUAUAUUCAUUUUCGUGCAACCUAAUGCAACACGUUACUAA